UCCCGUUUUCAUGUGGAGAGAGAAUAAAAAUCUUAUAAAUUGAUACAUAGAGACUCCAUUUUUGUUCCCAGAAGAAGCAAGCAGAUAACUGUGAGAGAGAGAGAGAGAGAGUCGUUGCGUUUGUAUCAACAACACUCUCACCGAUAUUCACACCAGACAGAGACUGGAGCCAGUGAAGAAAAGGGUCAUUUAUGGGGGACGCCGUAGAAAGAGGUUUGGAAUGCCAGAAGACUAUGGAUGGGAAGGCGAGUAACGGGAAUGGUUUGGAGAAGGAGAUUCCUUCAUGUUGUUUGAAAGCCAUGGCUUCAGCCCCUGAGUUGGAGGCCAAUUGUCACUCUACCGUUGUUUCUGGGUGGUUCUCAGCAUCUCAAACUUGCUCUGAAAAAUCAGAGGAAGUUCUUUAUUUCAACAAUCCAAUGUGGCCAGGAGAAGCCCAUUCAAUCAAAGUAGAGAAGAAAUUAUUCCAAGAAAAGUCAUUGUACCAAGAGGUCUUGGUUUUUGAGUCAUUAACAUAUGGGAAAGUUCUCGUACUUGAUGGGAUUGUUCAGUUGACUGAGAAGGAUGAAUGUGCUUACCAGGAGAUGAUAGCUCAUCUUCCCCUCUGUUCCAUUCCGUCCCCCAAAAAUGUUUUAGUUGUUGGUGGUGGAGAUGGUGGGGUUCUAAGGGAAGUAUCCCGCCACAGCUCUGUGGAGCAUAUUGAUAUAUGUGAGAUAGAUAAGAUGGUUAUUGAUGUUUCUAGGAAGUUUUUUCCAGAGUUAGCUGUUGGGUUUGACGAUCCUCGUGUACACUUGCAUGUUGGUGAUGCUAUUGAAUUUCUUAAACGUGCACCUGAAGGGAGGUAUGACGCCGUAAUUGUUGAUUCCUCAGAUCCUGUGGGUCCUGCCCAGGAACUUGUAGAGAAACCAUUUUUUGAGACUAUAUCUAAGGCAUUAAGACCCGGUGGAGUUCUUUGUAAUAUGGCAGAAAGUAUGUGGCUUCAUACACACCUUAUUCAAGACAUGCUCUCCAUUUGUCGAGAAACAUUUAAAGGUUCUGUACAUUAUGCAUGGGCAAGUGUUCCAACAUAUCCAAGUGGUGUGAUAGGGUUUCUUCUAUGCUCAACAGAGGGGCCACAUGUUGAUUUUGUGAACCCCAUCAAUCCCAUUGAGAAGUUAGAAGGUGCUGAUAAGCAUCGGAGGAAUCUUAGGUUCUAUAACUCAGAGAUACAUACAGCUGCUUUUGCACUGCCUGCAUUUCUGAAGAAUGAGGUGAGGUUGCUCCGUCAGUAGCAAUGCUUGCUUACGUAUUGUACCACUAGUCAUCUGGGGAAAUAGAUUAUUGUGGGAGAAAUAGGUACCAGGUGUGAUUAUUUAUGUCAUCCGAUUCCGUCUGUGAACCCAUUUAAGCCUCGUUGAACUCUGGGCUAUUGAAUGGCCUUGUCUCUAGUUUACAAUAUUAUUAGCCUCUUUUUGUGGUUGCGUUUAAGCUUGAAAGCACGCAUUACCAGUUAUUAAUGUAUUAAAAUAAUUUGGGAUGCAGAGUGUGGAUUUUAACAAAUAUAAUUUUGCAUUUUGUCAAAAUAAAAUAAAAUUUCACAUAGGAAGUGUGUUUAUAUGGCUUUUGUGAAUCUGUAAUAUGGGAUAGUGGCUGAGUUGGAUGAGAAUUUGGUUGAGUUUGCGGUGUUUAUUACCGUUGGUACAAA